CCCCGGGGGCGGAGGCGGAACCCGGUCGCGGUGCCCAGCCCCUCCGUGACAGCGUCCCCCGUCUCCCCGCAGCCCCGCCGGCAUGUCGCGACCGCUGUCGGACCAAGAACGGCGAAAGCAGAUCAGCAUCCGCGGCAUCGUGGGAGCCGAGAGCGUGGCCGAGCUGAAGCGGGGCUUCAACCGGCACCUCCACUUCACCCUGGUCAAGGACCGCAAUGUGGCCACCCCCCGGGACUACUACUUCGCCCUGGCCCACACCGUGCGGGACCACCUGGUGGGGCGCUGGAUCCGCACCCAGCAGUACUACUACGAGAAGGACCCCAAGAGGAUUUACUACCUCUCCCUGGAGUUUUACAUGGGGCGGACGCUGCAGAACACCAUGAUUAACCUGGGGCUGCAGAAUGCCUGCGAUGAAGCCAUCUACCAGCUCGGGCUGGACAUGGAAGAGCUGGAGGAAAUCGAGGAGGAUGCCGGUCUUGGCAACGGCGGUCUCGGCAGGUUGGCUGGUGAGGCCCCCCGGCGCGCUUCGAUGCGAACGCUGGGGCUGGCAGCCUCCGGCUACGGCAUCCGCUACGAGUACGGCAUCUUCAACCAGAAGAUCCGGGAUGGGUGGCAGGUGGAAGAAGCCGAUGACUGGCUCCGGCACGGCAAUCCCUGGGAGAAAGCCCGUCCCGAGUACAUGCUGCCUGUGCACUUCUACGGCCGGGUGGAGCACGCCGCCACCGGCACCAAGUGGGUCGACACGCAGGUGGUGCUGGCGCUGCCCUACGAUACCCCCGUGCCCGGGUACAUGAACAACACCGUCAACACCAUGCGCCUGUGGUCAGCUCGGGCACCCAACGACUUCAACCUGCGGGACUUCAAUGUCGGAGACUACAUCCAGGCCGUGCUGGACAGAAACCUGGCAGAGAACAUAUCCCGCGUCCUCUACCCCAACGACAAUUUCUUCGAGGGGAAGGAGCUGCGGCUGAAGCAGGAGUACUUCGUCGUGGCUGCCACCCUGCAGGACAUCAUACGCCGCUUCAAAGCAUCCAAAUUUGGGAGCACGGACAGUGUCCGAACCGUGUUUGAUUCCUUCCCCGACCAGGUCGCCAUCCAGCUGAACGACACACACCCCGCCAUGGCCAUCCCUGAGCUGAUGAGGAUUUUCGUGGACAUCGAGAAGCUGCCAUGGAACAAGGCCUGGGACAUCACCAAGCGGACCUUCGCCUACACCAACCACACGGUGCUCCCCGAAGCCCUGGAGCGCUGGCCGGUGGACCUGGUGGAGAAGCUGCUCCCCAGACACCUGCAGAUCAUCUACGAGAUCAACCAGAGGCACCUGGAUCACAUCGCCUCCCUCUUCCCUAACGAUGUGGACCGGCUGCGGAGGAUGUCCCUGAUAGAGGAGGGAGGCAUCAAGAGGAUCAACAUGGCCCAUCUCUGCAUCGUCGGCUCCCACGCUGUCAACGGCGUGGCGAAGAUCCACUCCGAAAUAGUCAAGACGCAAGUCUUCCAGGACUUUGCAGCGCUGGAGCCGGAGAAGUUUCAGAACAAGACCAACGGCAUCACGCCACGGCGCUGGCUCCUGCUCUGCAACCCAGGGCUGGCGGAGCUCAUUGCAGAGAAAAUAGGGGAGGACUACGUGCGGGACCUGAGCCAGCUGAUGAAGCUGCACGAGUUUGUGGAUGACGACCUCUUCAUCCGGGAGGUGGCCAAAGUGAAGCAGGAGAACAAGGUGAAGUUCGCACUGUACCUGGAGAAGGAGUACAAAGUGAAGAUCAACCCGUCCUCCAUGUUCGACGUGCACGUGAAGAGGAUCCACGAGUACAAGCGGCAGCUGAUGAACUGCCUGCACAUCAUCACCAUGUACAACCGCAUCAGGAGGGAUCCUGCGAAGCUGUUUGUGCCGAGGACAGUGAUCAUCGGGGGCAAGGCUGCCCCAGGAUAUCACAUGGCUAAAAUGAUCAUCAAGCUCAUUAACGCCGUGGCUCAGGUGGUGAACAACGACCCCGUUGUGGGGAGCAAGCUGAAGGUCAUCUUCCUGGAGAACUACAGGGUCUCGCUGGCAGAGAAAGUGAUCCCCGCUACCGACCUGUCGGAGCAGAUUUCCACGGCGGGCACCGAGGCGUCGGGUACGGGGAACAUGAAGUUCAUGCUGAACGGAGCUCUGACCAUCGGCACCAUGGAUGGAGCCAACGUGGAAAUGGCCGAGGAGGCUGGAGAGGAAAACCUGUUCAUCUUCGGCAUGAGGGUGGAGGACGUCACGGAGCUGGACAGGGAAGGGUACAAUGCCCAGAAGUACUACAACCGGCUCCCCGAGUUGAAGCAAGCCAUUGACCAGAUUAAGAGUGGCUUCUUCUCCCCAGAGGAGCCCGACCUCUUCAAAGACGUGGUCAACAUGCUCUUCCACCAUGACCGGUUUAAAGUUUUUGCAGACUACGAGGCUUAUGUUAAAUGCCAAGAGAAGGUCAGCGAGCUGUACCUGAACUCCAAGGCAUGGACCAAGAUGGUCAUCAAGAACAUCGCGGCAGCCGGCAAGUUCUCCAGCGACCGCACCAUCAAGGAGUAUGCCCGGGACAUCUGGCAUGUGGAGCCCUCCGACCUGAAGAUCCCACCGCCCAACGAGCCCCGGGACGCGGUCGAGGACAAGACCCCCAACGGCACGGCAGCGUAG